ACCGCGACGGAGCGGUCGGCGGCUCUGCGCCCGCCGCCGGCAUGGAGGCAGCGAGGCGGCGCGGCCGGUCGGAGGGGUGCCCCCCCUGGGGGGUGCUGCUCCCCCCUUUCCUCCUUCUCUUCCUAGCAGCAGAAGAUUGUCUGGCUCAGUGUGCUAAUGACUGCAAAGCGUACUGCUGUGAUGGGACUACUCCCUACUGCUGUUCAUAUUAUGCCUACAUUGGGAAUGUCCUUUCAGGCACAGCAAUAGCUGGAAUUGUUUUUGGUAUAGUAUUUAUAAUGGGAGUGAUUGCUGGGAUUGCCAUCUGUAUCUGCAUGUGCAUGAAGAACAGCCGUGGGACUCGAGUAGGGGUCAUCAGAACUACACACAUUAACACUAUCAGCACGUACCCAGUGGCUCCACCACCAUACAGUUACGAAUACGAAAUGGAGUACCCAGCUGACCUACCUCCACCUUAUACUCCUACCCCACAGACUUCCAUACAGUAUCCCCCACCCCCUCCAUACCCUGGAUAUUCAGGGAAAUAAUUACAUGGCUUCACAUGGAUAUUAACUGCCUGUUCAAACUGCCAACACCGGUGGGAUGGAUAUUAUUGUCUCAGGGACAAAGAGCAUCCCAUGACAGGGUCUGCAUCAACACAUACAACCAGGUGUUGAGAUAACCUGGGAGGGUUGCCAUGGCUCAGGAC